AUGCUUACCGGAGAUGUCACCAGAUUUGGAAUACCUGAAAAAAUCAUCACAGACAAGAGAAGACAAUUUGAAAGUAAUUUGUUCACAACAUUAACUAACUUACUAGGCAUACAACGAUCAUGUACUACGCCAUACCACCCGCAGGCAAAUGACGACCACUUUCCGACAAGUGUUAAAUUUUCUCACCCUCAUUUUGUUUCAUUCCAAGACAACAUGUCCGACCACGGAAACUCCAGGCAUGACGACCGGAUCAAAAGACUUACGGUGAAACCCCUGAGUUGGUGGCAACGUUUGGGGGGGGGGGCAGUCACCACGACGGCUGCGGCCCACAGCAACGACGUGCAGGAACUUAUCGCCAAUUAG